AUUAGCCUACUAUAAGCCUCCUGUCGAUAUACAUAAAGAAUACUGACUUCACCUCCUAGCUUUUCACUUGUUUUCUGAAGUUUAACCUGUAGGUAAUGCAGUUGAGCGUCAAUUCUUCAAUCUAAACCAUGAACUUCUCAUCUCUCAAAUUGGUACUGAUGGUGCUGUCCACCAUUCUUCUUGAAAAUACACAGAUCUGUUAUUCUCGAAAAAUGGCACGCCAACAUUUCGCACCCCAAGAAUUUUUUACACGCCAAGAUAUCGCACCACAAGAUACGAAUCCCCAAGAAGUAGAGCCCCAAGUAGUGGAUCCUAACGUUGUAGUACCUCAAGAAAAUCCAAAUACACCCCAAGACGUAACAUCACAGGAUGCUGUUCCACCCCAAAAUGUUGUACCCCAAGAAGUGGCACCCCAAGAUGUGACUCCCGAAGUCGUGACACCCCAAAAUGUAAUACCCCAAGACGUGACAUCUCAAGAAGCAAAACCUCAAGAUGUGACACCCCAAUUUGUAGUACCUAACGUUGUAGAACCUCAAGAAAAUCCAGGCACCCAAGAUGUGGCACCUCAAGACGUGACGACACAAAAUAUGCCACCCCAAGAUGUGACAGUUCCACCCCAAGAUGUGACUCCCGAAGUCGUGACUCCCGAAGUCGUGACUCCCCAAAAUGUAAUACCCCAAGACGUGACAUCUCAAGAUGCAAAACCUCAAGAUGUGACACCCCAAUUUGUAGUACCUAACGUUGUAGUACCUCAAGAAAAUCCAGGCACCCAAGAUGUGGCACCUCAAGACGUGACGACACAAAAUAUGCCACCCCAAGAUGUGACAGUUCCACCCCAAGAUGUGACACCCCAAGUCGUGACUCCCCAAAAUGAUGUGAUACCCCAAGACGUGACCUCUCAAGAUGUGACAGCGCCCCAAGUUGUAAUACCUCAAGAUGUCACACCCCAAGUUGUAGUACCUAAUGUUGUAGUAGGCCUACCUCAAGAAAAUCCAAAUGUUACACCCCAAGGUGUGACACCACCUGCAAAUGUAACACCCGAAGCUGUGACACCACCUGCAAAUGUAACACCCGAAGCUGUGACACCACCUGCAAAUGUAACACCCGAAGCUGUGACACCACCUGCAAAUGUAACACCCGAAGCUGUGACACCCCAAGUUCCAGGACCCCAAGUUCCGGUACCAGUACCGGUUCCCCAAGUUCCGGUACCAGUACCGGUUCCCCAAGUUCCGGUACCCCAAGUUCCGAUUCCUCCCGUAGUGCAUCAAGUAAACUCAAUGGCAGGAUGUUUUUGGAGUGGAACAUCCCCAUUUUGUGCUGGACAUUGUGGCCGAUUUUAUAAAACCAUUGCUUCAGACAAAAGUGGAGACGGAAAAAGAUGUUUAACUGGAACAAAGAGGCUGUGUUGUCCUGGAACUGCUGCGUUGCUGAGAUCACGUUGAAAAUGGUGUCUUGUUGAAAUUCACAUUUUUUUCCGUGUUGUUACAAGAAAUAAAUGAAUCGAAUAUGAUAUGGAAUUGCAAAAAAAAAAUAUGUAAAUGUGAAAUUGCAUGUUUGCUCAGACCAGCAACGCAUCACAUGAUUCCUUUUUUGUAUGGUUGAUUGUAGAGAUCUAUUACCAAUAUAGGAAGACGACUGCA